UUCUUUUUUGGGGGAAGGCUUUCCUGGCCGUCUCUCUCCUUCCCCGGGGGCCGGGGGAGAGAGAGGUGGGCCGCCGAUGAGUCAUACUAACCGCGGCGAUCAUCUCCCGCCUUGGCAUCGCGGUUCAAACGAGCGAAAACGGUUUGAGAGCCGUCGUUUCCCUGGUUUUGUGGUUCAACAAACGAAACCGGGGCUGAACUCAUCUUGAGGCCUUAACAGCAAGUGAAAUCAUGGAGGAAAAUGGUGAAGAUGUGGCUUCCCUGGCGGCCUACAUUUCAACAGAUGGCAGCUACACAGAGACCGUGCCCAUGCCGAAUCACGGCACACUGACGGCUUCCUCGCAGGGCUCUUCCUCUGCCACUAAAUCAAGGCGCCAGCCUGUUUGGACUGACGAGGAGACCCGGGCCUUCAUCCAGGUGUGGGGUGAUGACGCGGUGCAGAGUGCCCUGGCAUCAAACUAUCGUACAGUUGCACAGUUCCAGUGGAUAGCGGAUGAAAUGCGAGCCCGGGGUUACAACAGGGAUUGGGAGCAAUGCCGCGAACGUGCAAAGGUCCUUCGACGGGGCUUCAAAGAGAUAGUGGAUGGGAACAGCAACGCUGGCCAUGGACGCCGCGUGUGGCCUUAUUUCGAAGAACUUAAUCGAUUUCUUUGCAUCAAGCAAAAUCUGGUCGUUCCACGGCUUUCAGGGAGCAACCCGAGGCCUCCUGUUGACCGCCGGCGUCGCGAGCACAGAGAAGCGCAAGAUGCCCCGUAUGAGCCAUCCCCAGUAGGCAAGAGCGACAAAGGGACUUUUGAAGAGCCAGACGGGGACUGUCUGUUGUUGCCCGAACCAGGAUCUCAGCAGAGCGAAGCCAACAUGGAAAACCAUGCGGCGUCUCCAGCAGCAAAUUCUGAUAUUUCCAUGGAUGGUAGCAUUGGUCCUGGCACUCCCACCGAUCCUUUGCCAUCCAAUGACUCAGUUACUGCGCCAAAUCUGCGCCCUCGGCCCCUGACUGCUGCAGAGAGGAUGCGUAAUCUUCGUUGCCGGCAAAGAAAGAGAAGGGGGGAUACUUUGAAAGAGCUGAUGGAAGUCACCUCCCAGGCUACCAGUGAACUAGUCCGGACAUUGUCCGACCUCACACAUAAAGAGGUGGCUUCUUUUGAGCGUGCUUACAAGGAGGAUCUUGCGGCCCGGAAGGACGAGAUGGAGCAGAGCGCUGAGGACAUUGGAAGGCUUGUAAGCGCUUUGGAAUCAAGUGAUCAAACUCUGAAGGAGCAGCUAAGCAGCCAGACCAGCGUACUGCAGGGCAUCUUGGAGGUUAUGAAAGACAUUCGGGGUAGAACAUCGUACAGUCCUCCAUAUCCAUCACAGUAUUACGAUUUUCCAGGCCCUAGCAUGAUUCACACAAGUGGUACUUCAUCAAACGGCCAAGAGAUGCCAUGCUCCUCCCCUUCCAGCCUUCCAUUUCCUUCCCAGCAGUCUGCCACCAGCAAUGGAGAUGUCUCUCCUAGGAAGCGGAUGAAAUGAAGCCAUCAGGCAGAACGGCACUGCUGAUUUAGCGUCCUGGUGGAAACCAAUUCUCCAGUUCUUUUGUUCCUAUUAGGACAACAUAUAUUGCUUUCCUUACUGCCUUUCUUCUUGCAUAGUUAGGACAUGUUCUCAUUCCCUUAACGUGUGUCUCCCCACAGCGUUAACGUUGUGGAAACAGCCGCCAGCAAAUGUACAUCUAGAUUUUAUUAUUACUUUUUUUUUUUUAGCGUACCUAUGUUAGUUUUCCUUCCAUCUUGUUUCCAAAGGAAUGCAGUGUUCGAUGUACAAGUAUAAUUUUUUUAAAAAAAAAAAUACACACUUAAAACACAUUACCAGGUACCUGUAAGAAGGUAAUAUUUGAAAAGUAAUAAAAACUGCACUGUUGUUCCAA